UGAGUGUUGACCGCGCAGCUCUGCAGCUGUAGCGUCGUGAAUUGUUUGUAAACAUUGUUUUAUACUCGAUAAAAAGUGCAAGACGUGUGUUUUUGUGCAGCAGCAUGUCUGAGUAUCCGACCUUCCAGUAUGGCAAGUCACGUUUCGAUCAGAACACAUUUUUUGGUCGGUUCAGACACUUCCUGGAUGUGAUUGACCCCAGCACUCUCUUCGUGACAGAGAAACGGCUCCAGGAGUGUGUAGAGCUGCUUGACCGUUUCAAGCAAGGAACUCUGCCUCCAGGUGUGACAAAUGCUCAGCUAUGGAAGGCUCAGAAAAUAAAGCAGGCCAUCGUCCACCCUGACACGGGGGAGAAGAUCUUCAUGCCCUUUCGGAUGUCAGGUUUUAUCCCAUUUGGCACACCUGUGGUUGUUGGCCUCCUUCUCCCAAAUCAAACCUUGAUGUCAACUGUCUUCUGGCAGUGGUUAAACCAGAGUCACAACGCUUGUGUUAACUUCAGCAACCGCAAUGCCUCCAAGCCAGCUCCAGUGUCCAAAUUCGUCCAGGGAUACCUCGGAGCGGUGACCAGCGCAGUCUCAAUUGCGGUCGGGCUCAAUGUGUUAAUCCAGAAAGCCAGCAGCUUCAGCCCAACCACCAGGCUUUUGGUGCAGAGGUUCAUCCCCUUCCCAGCAGUGGCGAGUGCAAAUGUCUGCAACGUGGUGCUCAUGAGACACUCGGAGCUGUCGGAGGGCAUCAGCGUGCUCGACGACAACGGGAACGUGGUGGGAACGUCCAAAGUGGCUGCCAGGCAUGCACUUCUGGAGACGGCACUGACCAGAGUAGUCAUGCCCAUGCCGAUCCUGGUGCUGCCUCCCAUCAUCAUGGCUGCACUGGAAAAACUUCCUCUCCUGCAGAGACGGCGGAGGCUCGUCCUGCCUGUCCACAGCCUGGUGUGCCUCGCUGCCUUCGGUCUGGCGCUGCCUCUCGCCAUCAGCCUCUUUCCACAGAUGUCAGAGAUCGGCGUGAAUCAGCUAGAGCCGGAGAUCGCCAUGGCAACAGAUUGUAAGAUUCUGACAUACAAUAAAGGGCUUUAAAUGAUCUCUACUGCCCCGACACAUGAAGAUAUGACCUGCUGGCUCAUCGUGGUUCAAGCCCUGUGAAGCUGCCAGAGAAAAUGGAUUAUGGUAAAUGUAGUGGUAGUAGAUAUACACGUUGAAUGGAUCUGAAGGUAUUCGUCAUUAGCUCUGAUCAUGUGGUACGGCAUCAUCACCGUGGGAGAAAAUAUGACAAUUACCUUUUUUUAGAGUUUGAUUCAUUGAUGUUAAACUGGUUAGAUUAUGUUCAAUCUGUCACCCAGUUGGCUGCAGAAUCUUUUAUUUUUGGUCCACGUGGUGAAAACAGGACUUUCAAUUAUUCCUCUAAAUUAAUCUUUGAAGUAUGUGAACAAAAUAAUUUUCUAUGACUUUGACUGUGGUGAGGUGUUCUCUCUCAAUUUGGUCUGUCCAGGUCAAACACAUUUCAAACUGAGACUAAUUAUCCUCGGGUCUAUUCAAAUUGCAUUUGUCCCUCUCAGAUCAAGCCCUUUUCUCUUUUUUUAGCUAAAUGAAUUAAUGUACUAUGAGUUUACGUAGGAUUUCUGGGGAUAUAUUUCAAAUAAGGACCAACAUUUGAGACCAAUGAAGACCUAAACUGUGUUUUUAGGUCUAAGUGAUUGUAGUUGUUGUCUAAACCCCGUGUAUAAAUACUGUGAAUGAAAUUGGGAUAAAUUACUUAAAUAUAUUUUAAUGAAUGUUGAUAAUUUAAAGGAGCAGUGUGUAGGAUUUAGAGACAUCUAGUGGUGAGAUUGCAGAUUGCAGAUUGCGACCAACUGAAUACCCCUCCCC